AUGAAAGCAGUCAUCGGUUUCUUUUUCCUUUUGGGAUUGCUAGCAAUCCAAGGUGCAGCACGUAACCUGAAUGAUGAGGCCAUGGUAGAGAGACAUGAGCAGUGGAUGAGCCUCCACGGACGCGUAUACGAGGACAGUGCAGAGAAAGAAAGGCGUUUCAAGAUAUUCAAGGACAAUGUGGAGUUCAUUGAAUCUUUUAACAGGGCUGGAAACAGGCCUUACAAUCUUGGAAUCAAUCGAUUCGCAGACCUUACCAACGAGGAGUUUGUUGCCUCUCAUAAUGGAUUGAAGAUGUCCUCCUCCCCAAGGCUGUUCGGGAGUAUAUCAUUCAAGUAUGAAAAUGUGACUGCUGUGCCUGCUACCGUGGACUGGAGGACCAAAGGUGCAGUCACUCCAAUUAAGGAUCAAGGACAAUGUGGAAGUUGCUGGGCAUUUUCAGCAAUUGCAGCGACUGAAGGGAUUACAAAACUGAGUACCGGUAAGUUGAUUUCACUCUCUGAGCAAGAAAUAGUGGACUGCGACAGAACAAGUCAAGAUCAGGGCUGCAGUGGUGGCUACAUGGAAGAUGCCUUCGAAUUCAUCGUGAAAAACAAAGGCAUUGCCACUGAAACCACUUACCCAUACACGGCAGCUGAUGGAACUUGCAGCAAAACUAAAGAAGCUUCCCACGCAGCCAAGAUCGCUGGUUAUGAAAAGGUGCCUGUCAACAGCGAAGCAGCAUUGUUGAAAGCUGUGGCAAACCAACCAGUUUCUGUUUCCAUCGAUGCGAGUGGGAUGGCAUUCCAAUUCUACUCCAGUGGAGUUUUCACCGGAGAUUGUGGAACGGAUCUAGACCAUGGUGUUACUGCAGUUGGAUACGGGAAAACUUCUAAUGGUACAAAGUAUUGGUUGGUCAAGAACUCAUGGGGAACAAGCUGGGGUGAGAGUGGAUAUAUAAAGAUGAAACGGGGCAUUGCUGCUAAAGAAGGCCUUUGUGGAAUUGCUAUGGAUUCUUCCUACCCAACUGCAUAA